AUGGAGGAUGUGCCACAGUUUUCCGCGUCACAUAGCCGUACACAGAGUUACACACCAGCAUCUGGCACCGAUAGCCCUAAACACGCCAUUCUAUCUCCGGCACUAGACCAAGGUGCUCCCAGACUUACCGAUCCGGAUUUGGUACUACAACCAGACCCAGCAACCUUCAUUGUCCAGUCUGCCAAGAAGAGCGCACCCCUGCAUACAUCCUCACUCGCCAUGCCUGCCAACACUAACGGCAAUGACCAGAAGCCUAGAGGUCGCUUCAUCGUGGUCGGCGCAGGCUAUGCCGGCCUGGCCACCGCGAUCGAGCUGCGAAGGAAAGGCUUCGAGGUACAGGUCGUCGAAGCAGCUAAGAACAUGACCACCCAAGGUGAUAUCAUCCAGGUCGGCUCCAACGCCACCCGCGUUAUGUCUCACUGGGGCAAUGUGCUGGAGCAAGCUGUCGCCGAGUCGGCCCAGCCCAAGGACAUGAAGAUGUUCGACAAGACUGGCAGAGUCCUGCUCCAUGCCCCUCUCCCGACAGAGUUCAGCGGCUUUCCGGUCUUGUACUCCAAUCGCGGACUGUUGCAGCGGCUCAUUCUCGAGUAUGCGCGCUCGAUUGGCGUGGAGUUCCGCUUUGGGGAGCGCGUGAGAGAGUACUUUGAGGAGAAGGACGGCGCCGGCAUCGUCAUUGGCGAUGAAAGGAUCAAGGCCGAUGGAGUCGUUGCAGCUGAUGGCAUCCACAGCCUUGCGAGGAAGCAUGUCAUUGGAAUCCAGCAGCAUCCGCGGACCAGUGGCUUUGCCGUGUACCGCACCUGCUUCCCACUCGAUCUCCUGGCUGAUGACCCGCUCACCAAGCCACUGACGGAGCUGAAGGAAGACAUGUUCCGUGUGUGGUUGGACACAGACGUGCACGCCAUCUUGUUCAUCCUUGCCAAAGUGAGACAGGUGGUCAUCUUCUGCACCCACAAGGAUACCUACGAAGUUGAAGAAUCGUGGACUAACCCCGGAGACUUGGAUGACAUGCUGAAGAUCUCCAAGGGAUGGGAUCCCGUCAUCGUCGCCGCCAUGAAAGCCGUGCCGCGAGACAAGUUGAUUGACUGGAAGCUUCUCUGGCGUGAUCCGAUCCGGCAGUGGGUAUCUAGCACCGGACGCAUCACUCUGGUCGGCGAUGCAGCGCACCCGCACCUUCCUACCUCCGGGCAGGGAGCCGCGCAGGCCUUUGAGGAUGCUGGGACGAUCGGCGCCCUCGUUGACAAGCUUGGUGUUGAGGAGAUAUCCACCGCAUUCAAAGCAUUCGAGAAGCUUAGAUACGAAAGGACAAGCUUGACGCAACGGAUGGGCUGGGAGACUCGGCACAGAUGGCAUCAGACGGACUGGGACAUGGUUGCUGCCAACCCCGAGUUUCUCAAAAUGCCGCAGCCUAUGUGGCUGUACGAUUUCGAUGCUGAGCAGUACGCGUAUGACCGCCUCGAUGAAGUUGUCGAUAGCGUGAAGAAUGGCACUCCAUUCGUCUCCAAGAACCUGCCCGAGGGCCAUGUUCACGAGGACUGGACUGUGGAAAUGAUGAUGGACUUGGAGAAAGAGCAAGCCAAGGAGCAUUUCUAUAGAGUAGCCAACAAGUAA